AUGCGCGCCCUUGUGCUCGCCCUACUCCUCACUUGCCGGGCCAUAAAGGCGCAAUGGAUUGCAGGUGGUAGCCCGACCAUGUACUGCGAAUCUCCUGAAGUUUAUGGUGGGGUUCGCAUUCAUCUCGCAGGAUACAACGCGUCCUUGGCACCUAGCAUCACGAACCAAUACUACGCCAACUACAAUGCGUUUUUUGAUUAUGACAACUAUCUGCAACAAGCAGGCAACAUUGGAGACUCGACUUGGUCAUCACCCAUAUUGUCUCUGAGCGACGUGCGCGGCGUGGCCCUGGAAGGCAACGUAUCUGCCAUCACAGUCUCUAUCAAGUUCGCCGCACCCGGAUCAGGAUAUGAUCAGCCUGAUUAUUUUCGUGUCACCCUUGUAUUUCUGGGCGGUGAGCAGCAGAAUUUGGAAACUAGUGAUGUCCUGUAUGUCACUGGAGCACCUUCUGGUGGCAUUAUUACUAUGCAGACGCCUAUCAACGGCUUGGAGCUGGGGGUGGACCGGAACUCGAAUGUGCUCAAUUUGACGAGUACCUUUCCGCUUCAUGCCGACACCGAGUUUAUGAGGGUGGAUUAUGACUAUGGUACAACGCAUCGAGAUGAGUACUUUCUGUUUGGCGAUCUUGUCGUACUAGGCUGUGACACAGGCGCCGAUUGUGAUCAGUGUCCUGAGGGGUCGGAGCUUAACGCCGAGCGCAGUGGCUGUGACACUUGCGCUGCUGGUAGCUAUCGCUCGGCUGGAAUGAACGAGUGUGCCGUGUGCGCGGACGGCACCGAGCCGUCAGGUGACCAAGCGUCGUGCGUGUCGUGUACAGGAGCCGAAUAUCGCGAUGCGUCGAGCAUGAACGAGUGUGCGGCCUGCCCCUUGGGGUCAGACCCCAACUCGGAGCGCAGUGGCUGUGACACGUGUGCGGCUGAUUCAAUUGCGCCUCAUAUCUAUCUGUCCAAUCGCUCGCGGCUGUCUUUGAUAAAAAACGACACAUAUUUGGAGUAUCUGGACGUUCAAGAGCUCUCGCCUAACUCGGCCUACGAGUUGCCCAGCGUCGAAUCAGUGGAUGACAACUUCGAUGUGAUUCAGCAAGAUACUGUUGUUGUUCCAUUGGCUAGCAACGUUACCCUGGACAUUCUGGGUAAUUAUACAAUCACGUUCCGAGUCAAUGAUACAGCUGGCAAUGAAGGUCAAACCACAGUCGUUGUUCAGGUUCAGGACACAACGCCCCCUACGUUGUUCCUUCAAGGCGGUGCCCGCGUAACGGUGCCAUUUGCCACUGCCUACCGAGAACCAGGUUACACCGUUAUGGACAACUCGGCUUCCCACGUGGCUGUUAAUCUUAGCGGUGUCGUGAACGUGUUUGUGCCUGGAAGCUACGUCCGAGUUUAUCAAGCCACCGACGCGUCCCACAACACACAGUCUCAAACGCGAGACAUUGUCGUCGCAGCCAAUACGCUCCCUGAAGAUGCUUAUGUUGUCCGGCUUACGCUGACCCUCUCCAUUGAUUUUGAUGCGCGCGUCAUUGCAGCGCAAAUGAGCUCAAGUGGUGCAUUUGGUGACGACUAUCCGGUGCCUUUUGAGCCAUCAAGCUUGGGUCGCCGCCGGGCCCUGACGUCGACAUUUGGUUUUGGGGUACGCCGAAACAACUCGAAUUUUGACUGGAUUGAUGCGGAUGAUGUGCUGGCUCGCCUGACCCCAGAGAUGAUGUCCGAGCUUGGCUUGGCAUUGGGUUCCUCGGUACAGAGCGCGGUGGCCGCUGAUGCAUCUUCGAGCGAGAGUAAUUCGCUCGUUGUGAUUGCAGCUGCGGCAGGAGGUGGCGCCGUGCUCCUGAUAGUGCUUGUCAUCGUGGUUGUGCGGCGCCGAAAAGGCCACCAAGCCACAAAGACGGCCCCCGAAGACAGCACGUACGCCAUGGUUGACGUGGAUGUGCGUCGCGGCAAAGUGGGCUCAUUGAAUAACAAAAGUAGCGGCAAGAGCUCGCGCUUUUCGCAGUAUUCGGCGGCCGACGAGCCCCUCCCACAUUUUGAUGACGAGAACAUCACUGAAACGCCUCAGGCCGUGCUCGACUUGUAUGCCGUGCCCAAUAAGAAGGGGUCGGGACGCGGCACUACAGCGUCUUCGAUCAUCCCUUCAGUGGCCAAUGGCAUGCUCUACGAGACGCUGGGCGAUGACUCUGACGCCCGCUCUUCCGUCACCCAAGUUGAGAUGCUUCAAAGCGAGUAUGCAGACGUGGACGCUAGCACGUAUGACACGCUUCCGAACCGGCGUACGACAGCCAACAACGGGUUGAGCGAGUAUGCCGAUGUCGAUGCCCCCUCUACGUUCGUGCCACAAGACGCGGACGACCAACCAAAUGCGACUUCUCAGGACGUAUACGAUCAGCCAAAUGCCACCGACACCCUGGGUGUGCAGCAUUCACAACAAGUUUAUGACCAACCGAAUGCCGUCUCGCACGACUUGUAUGAUCAGCCCAACGCCACAGAUCAACAGAGUCAAAGGGCGCCUCCAACGAAUCAAUUGACUUCCAUGUAUGAGGAUUUAGACGAUGCCAUUGCGGCCAAGGAUGCCUUGACAGCCCAGGAUCAAGGUGUGUAUGAUCAGCCCAAUGCCGUGGGGUUAGAUGGGCCUGGUGACACGCGUCGCCCAACUACCUUUGGUAAAGAUCGGGCUGUGUCAGCUGAUCGAGUGGCAGCGCAUGCCGGUGCGCCCGCCCCGGCUGGCCUGACCAUCACAUCGGCGACCGCAGCGUCACUCGCCCCCGCACAGAAGUUUCCAUGGCUUCAUGAGGGCUUAUCUCGACAGGAGGCCGAAGCGCUUUUGUCGCAAUUUGUGGAUUCUGACGGCACUUACCUGGUUCGGGACCGUGCCCAGGAUUCAUACGCUUUAAGUAUGAUUUUCAAUCGUGCCAUUUCGCACCAUCUUUUGAAGAAGGACGGCUCUGGCUUCUGGCUUGUCAAUGAGAUCAAAUAUGAGCCUGCCUGCACCGAGCUAGGUUCCUUGAUCAUGCAGCUGCGCACCCGAGCGGGUCAUCUCAUGCCAGCACCCAUAUCCAACUUUAUCGCAGCAGACACUGACGCUUAG